AUGAAGUGGCCGAGCAAGAAGGGCGAGAUGUGCGGCAUCGCGGUGAUCCAGUUCAUGAUGGCGGCGCUGCUGAUGCUGUGCGCCUGCUACCCGCUCGUGCACGACGACCACGCCUUCGAGAUCCUCGUGGGCAUCGCUCUUCCAAGCUUCCAGGAGGUGCACCUGGCGCUGCUGGCCGGGUUCGCCCUGCUGGGCACGUUCGCUCGCCGCUACAUGUACAGCUCGCUGGGCCUCAACAUGCUGCUGGCCUCCCUGCUGCUCCAGUGGGCGCUGCUCUGCAACGGCUUCUACAACAUCCUGCCCGAGGCCGGAGGCCGCUUCGUGGUCACCCUUGCAAGUUUGGUGCGUGCAGACUUGACGGUGUGCACCGUGCUGAUAUCGGCGGGCCUGCUGCUGGGAACGCUCACACCCCUCCAGAUGGUCGUGAUGGGAAUCAUCGAGACGGCCGUCAGCACGGCCACCCAGCGCAUCGGCACCAGAGUCAUCAAGGCGGCGGACGCGGGCGGUUCCCUGUACGUGCACAUGUUCGGUGCCGCCUUCGGACUGGCCGCCGGAAUCACUGUGCGCCACGGGGACGCCACGGCGCAGCGACGCUCCGACACAACAGACUCGUUCGCCAUGCUCGGCACCGUCUUCCUGUGGUGUCUGUGGCCUACCAUGAACGCGGCCACGUCCGUGGGCAUGGCCGAGGUGUCGCGCUGCAUGGUCAACACCUACCUGGCCAUGCUCUCCUCCACCGUCAUCGCCUUCCUCUGCUCGGCCAUCUUCAGCCGGCGCACCAGAUUCUCCUUGGUCCAGGUCCAGAACGCGUCGCUGGCUGGAGGCGUGGCGGUCGGCGCCAGCUGCGACAUGGUUCUCCACCCUGCCGGCGCCAUCGGCGUGGGCCUGGUGUCCGGUUUCGUCUCUUCCAUGAGCUACACCUACCUCCAGCCGUGGCUGAACCAGCGCCUGAAGCUGAGGGACGCCCGCGGCGUGAUCAGCGCCCACGGCCUGCCCGGCCUGCUGGGGGGCCUCAUCUCGCUGGUGCCCACCUGGACGGCCACCGAGGCCCAGUACGGCGGCUCCCUCUACCGCAUCUUCGAGGGCCGCCUGCAGCAGGUGAGUGGGCCUCGCGACACGCAUCAGCACGCGAGUGCGUCGCCUUUGGCAGCCCCUCAUCCGACGUAUCGGGGUGGUGCAUAA